CACACCCACACAUACACACGCGCGCAAACGCGCCGCGACGCGUACACACACGGAGCUCCAGUGAGUUGGAGCAAACCUCUGCUCCGUCUAGUCUCUCGGCUGCCGCGCCGCAGCUGGUUUGAUUCUGCGGGCAGCGCGGAGCCUCGUCGUGACAAGAGUUUUGGGGGGAAUCGGCCGAAGGAGGAGUGAGCCGCGGAGAAGGAAGGUGGUGUCCUGCAGUCAGACGUUCGAACAUAUGGCUGACAGCAUGAGGCCUUGAAAGAGCGUACAAGAGUGAGGGAUCUUAAGGCGCCCCGUCGUAGAGAGAAGACGGAGUCUCUGGCUAGUCCCCUGCUAUUUUUCAGCUGUGUUGGAGUCAGCAAGUUUUCUUCAGUCUUGCAAGGAAAAUGGGAUCUCUCUCUCUCUUUCUCUACAUGCCAUUUCCCUGUACAUGGGUAUGGGCCAGAGCAGCGUAAAGCCUUCCUGGCCUUGAAUGUGACCCCUGGGGCUGUUCUGUGGAGGUAUUUGUGAUAACCCUGCUGGAUGUUCUCUUGUCACCCUCCUUAUUAGUGGCUAAUGAGCUGCUGCUGGAGACCAAAAGGAGAAUGUGCCUGUUGAGAGAGGCGGGACCUUACAGCUGUUAUUAAGAGACCGAAGGAUCUCAGACAAGGAAGUCUUUGCCCUUCCCAAAAAAAAACAAAAAACAGCAGCUGCCUUUGAAACCAGCAGCUUUGAAAUUAUGAACAUAUUUUAACUCUGAAAGUUUUGAUAUGUCUUCCUUUUCUGGUAUUAAUUAUUCAUAUUCUGUGUUAGUAUUAUAUGUCUGUUGACAAUGACAUGAAUCAGAUCAAAGACGCAUUAUUUCGACAUGAUGAUUCAGCCAUUGAACAUGUAUGUGUUACUUUUUAAAAGUGAAAAUUAUUAACAAGCGGAUCUCUUAUGAAACUUUGUUACACAUCUCUUGUUUGUUGUAAAUUUUAUUACCUUUGACCAUCUUAUGUCUUGAAAAAAAAUUGGUCACCAUGGCAGCAGCCUAUCGUGUCGUUGUAAGCAGUGUGAGCUGCUACAACAGUGUGGUGGUGGACCGACGUGCUCACUCCCAAGCUGUGCACUACUGUGCAGGGCCAUGCGGGGCGCUGUCCCAAGGUUUAGACUGUACCAUUGCACACCGUGGCACGUGCUCUGAGUUUCUUGUUGCCCCUGAUGCCACAUUCAAUGACUUCAACAGCUCGCCCAUACAACCCCGUAACAUGAUCUCUCCCCACCUUCCUAACCAUAAUAAACUUUGUAUUUCCAUGGAUACUAUUCAUAACGGUGGUCUGGAGAGGGCGGGCAGCAGUGGCAAUUUGUCUUUAGGGGAAGACAGCCCCACAUGGCGGGGUAAAAAGACCUCGAGUAGCACAGGAUCUACUGGCAACCUGAGCUGCUCUGGCAGCUUGAAGGACAUUACUGAAGAGGCCAUUAACCUGGCCAGCGGCAAGCUCAAAGAAUUUUCUUUUGACAAGCUCCGCCUGUCCUCCUCUAGUCAUGUUACUCUCCGCAAAGGACGUAAAGUACGCCCUGACUCUUUUAGUCGUCGCUCAACUGACCUGGAGAUCAUCUAUGGCCACUUCAGCUCCAGUCUUACAACAAGCACAACAACUAAUAGUAUGACAAAUGGCAUAAUUACUUCUAAUGAUGAAAAUGUGCCACCAUUUAUGCUAGGGAAAGGAAAUGGGGCAGAAGAAACAAAGUUAAAGGGGAGCUCUGGUUCUCUGUCAGCCACCACAAAAGUGGGGAAUGGCUCAACAAGCAGCCUUUCAAGUAUUGGAUCACUGGACCAGAGUCUAAAUACAGUGGCAUCACUGUACCGCACCACCCUUGGAGAGGAGAACCUAAUUGCCCGACUGCUAGAGAAGACAAGGGCAGAAGCUGGCAGUGGGGGGGCAGGUGGUGAGGACAUCCGUGCCUGCCUUGACAUCCUGCUUAAAUGUUCUGAAGACCUAAAGAAAUGCACUGACAUCAUCAAACAAUGCAUCAGGCGCAAGGCAGGUGGAGGGCCAGAGGAUGGAGGAACAAAUCCUGACAGUGUUUAUCGGGCUGUGAUGACCAGACUCAGCUCCUAUCUCAAGAGACUUCCUUUAGAGUUGGAAGGGGUUGGAAGUUUGGGAGGCACGGGGCAGGGUGGUCAAGGCACACCUGGAAGCGGGCACAGUGACCUCGCUGAAUUGAUCAACACAAUUCACUCUAUCCAACAGGGACCCUUUUCUCCAAUCUUUGGCAAUGAACAACCUCCCCGCUAUGAAGACGUUGUGCAGUCACCUCCCAUCUCCAAGAAAUUUUUACACUCAACAUCUUCUGCUCCUUCAUCAGCCUCUCCUUCAUCCACAUUAUUAAAAUCAGAUUCCAUCCAUACCAAAUCAGUCCAGAGUUCAGUUUCGCCAAAGGGUACCUCACUUACCAAUGGACUACAGUCCACACAUGCUUCUUUGACCACCCGGCACACUCUGUCUCCUCCACCUGUGACAUGUUCGCCUUCUAGUUCUUCUCCAACACACUCACCCUCCCCUCUUCGAAACUCUCCUACAUCAUCAUUCACACACACUCCCCCGACAUCACCCAUGGAAGCACUAUACAUCGAGGAAGAGGAGGCAGAAAUCGGAAAGACUGCAGAUCAUAUCUCACAGCUGACACACAUGCCAACCAGAGGGAUUAACAAUACCCAGAACAAAAAUGGAACUAUCAUGGGGCAACAACUGCACUUAUCCCAAUCUAACACAGCUAAUAACUCUUCACAUCAUUUGCCAGGAAGCUCCGGCUACAUUCCCACUUGGCCUUCCUCCACCUCUUUAACAGUCUCAACACCCAAAGCUACUUCACACAGAAAUGAUGACAUUGAUAAGCUACUGAUGGACUUGGAGAAUCUCUCUCAGAGUAUGAGCCAUCCUAGAACCACAGAGCCUCCACUUCCUGCUAAGACCAGGAAGAGAGGAGUAGCACAAGCGAUUAUCUCCAAUGAGUCUCUUACUCAAGCCAAAAUGGUUCAAUACCAGGUUCAAAAACCAGCCAGCCACCUGGGCAUGAAUGGUGUUAACUCCAGGGUGACCCAGAGCCCCACUCCUCCUCAGGGAGAGAACAGUGAACCUGGCACAGGAGAUGAAGAGGAUGGGGCACUGUUGUUGAGAAUUCUUGAGAGCAUUGAAAGUUUUGCCCAGGAACUUGUUGACUCUGGGGCAGGGAGUUCAGGUAGUGCCGAGAGAAAAGUUGGAAAGGAGAAGGAGGUGAUGAGGCUCCUGCAGGAUACACUUGUCACUGCUGGUAGGGCCGAAACACCAGACAACACAACCCCACCGGUAGUCCCCACUGCUCCCUCCAUGCACACAGCUAUAGUCCAACCUGUGGCUUCAAACCACACUCAGGAAAAUGCACCCAAAGUUUUAUCUGCAUUAGCUUUUACAAGUGCAGCAUCUGAAGCGGAGUGCAAUGCUGCAGUUGAAUCUGAACCUAGAACUACAUCAGAUGCUGAUCCAGAAAAUUUGUCUAAGUCAGUGCCAGAUGAAACUACUGAUACUUCUACGGUCGAGGUUCAUUCAGAAUCCCCUCCUGCUUCUGGAGCUUAUACAGCUGGAAACCUUCAGGAUUGCACCCUUGAAGAUGAACCUGCACCUGCAGUCUCUGUGGAAGAACCAUCUUCUGUUGCCAUAUCAGCCACAGAAGAUGCCGUCAUUGCUGAUGGUGAACCCUUGGCUUCGAAAAACACUGGUUCUACCCUUCUCAUCCAGCAGACUCCAGAGGUCAUCAGGCUCCAGCCCAAACUGGAAAAGAAGCCAGGAACACCUCCUCCAGCGCCGCCCGCAACCACAGCUUCUCCGCCCCCCACGCCACGUUCGCCAAGCCCUCCUCCAGCGCCGGUGGUCAUCACUCCCCCUCCUCCUGCCGUUAACAUUCCCAGGUUCUACUACCCUCGUGGGCUCCCUGCCCUGGGCCCGACUGCCAACCACGACGCAACCAUCGCUGCCAUAGAGACGGCCUUCGCCGAGUUCGAGGAGGAGAAGGCUGACAUUUAUGAGAUGGGCAAGAUAGCAAAGGUGUGUGGAUGUCCGCUUUACUGGAAGGCAGCCAUGUUCUACGCUGCUGGUGGUGAGAGGACGGGCUUUGUGUCGGUUCACUCAUUUGUUGCAACAUGGAGGAAGUUGCUAUACAGUUGCCAUGAUGAUUCAUCGAGGUUUAUUUAUCUGCUAUCUAAACCUGGGCUUACGUACUUGGAACAGGAAGACUUCAUUCCUCUUCUCCAAGACAUUGUGGACACACACCCUGGACUCACGUUUUUGAAGGAUGCCCCUGAAUUCCACUCGCGCUACAUUACUACGGUUAUCCAGCGGAUAUUUUAUGUGGUGAACCGCUCCUGGACGGGCCGCGUCACCAUGACAGAGCUGCGCAGGAGCAACUUCCUGCAGACGCUGGCCCUCCUGGAAGAAGAGGACGACAUCAACCAGAUCACCGACUACUUCUCCUACGAACACUUCUACGUCAUCUACUGCAAGUUCUGGGAGCUGGACACCGACCACGACCUCUACAUUGACCCCAAGGACCUGUCGAGAUACAAUGACCACUCAUCCUCAAACAGAAUCAUCGACAGGUUGUUUUCCGGUGCUGUAACCCGGGGCAACGCCGUGCAGAGAGAAGGCAGGAUGAGCUACGCUGAGUUUGUCUGGUUCCUCUUAUCUGAGGAAGACAAGAAAAACCCAACCAGCAUAGAGUACUGGUAUCGCUGCAUGGACGUCGAUGGCGACGGCGUUCUCUCCAUGUUUGAGCUGGAAUACUUCUAUGAGGAGCAGUGCGAGAGGAUGGAGAGGAUGGGCAUCGAACCGCUGCCCUUCCAGGAUUUGCUCUGCCAAAUGCUUGACUUGGUCAAGCCCGAGAAUCCAGGUAAAAUAACCCUGAGCGAUCUGAAGCGCUGCCGGAUGGCUCACAUAUUCUUCGACACAUUUUUCAAUCUGGAGAAAUACCUGGACCACGAGCAGAGAGAUCCAUUUGCAGUGCAAAAGGACAUUGACAGCGAAGGUCCAGAGCCAUCUGACUGGGAUAAAUAUGCUGCAGAGGAAUAUGAGAUACUGGUAGCAGAGGAAACUGCAAACGAACAGCUCCAUGAAGGGACGUUUGAUGACGACUAUGAAUCUGAGGAGCUUCAGGUCCCAGGAGAGAUUGGGAAUAAGAUGGAAAAACUGGUCAUAUCCGACCUGUCGGCAUAAAUCUCUUUUUGUGGAAUUGCUCGGCAUCUGCGUGUGGGUGAAACAUAGGAUCUAAAUGGAAAUAAGGGACUUCCUGGCUCCUCUCAGGAAGGAGUUUAUGAAUGUGUUUGUGUAUGUACACUUCUGUUUUACUGUGUGCUUGGCGUAACUAUGCAUUCACACACAUGGACAGCACAAUAUCUCUGCUCUUUGAUCCAUUUGAGAAGACGGACGGUGACAGUGGAGAGAAAAAGAACUGCUUGAUAAGCUCGACGGAGACUGGGAGAAAACUACUUAAACUGUAAAAACAAACAGAAAAAAAACUUCUUUGUGAAUUCUCUACUGACAAUCAUGCCAAAAGACAAUCUGUUUUCUUUUUUUUAAAAAAAGAGUUUUUACCGUUGCUGUGCCAAAUUUAGACCGACGCAGACAAACUUUAAGCUGAGAGUUCUUUAAAGUUGUUAAAGCCACUGCCACUGAGGAUCAACAGCGCUCUCCUCCCUGUGACGUACACACAGACCCGGCCCUCAGGAACAUGCUGCGUGUGCAGUUUGUCACUGCGUUUCUGGUGAAGGAAGUUGUUAAGACUCAAGUCCCCUCAGGGAGAGGUCAUGUAACUGUUUGGGGACGAUCGCAACACUAUCUCCUCUCUGUGGCCAGUAUGGGCUACUGCAUGGAUCAGGACGACUGGGUUUUUAGUUCCCGCGUUGGUGUUGGUGGUCCGGUCCCCCUCACUGCCGGAGCUGCUCAUCCUCUCCCGGACUCCCCCCCCCGUUUUAGGUCACGGACUGUAACGUUCAAUCCCUGCAUUUCAGAUGACGUUGAGGAAAGACGCACAUGAAAGGAAGUGUGCUGCCAGUCGUAUCAAACUCUCUGGUAGGGUUGUCCAAACAUUUCCACGUGUCACCUCUGUGAUAAUGCAAACAGUAUAUUUUAUUUUAGGAUAUGUGUGUCCCUCCUGCUGGUCUGCUUCAGUAUUUUUUUUUCUUUAUUUUUACACUUUUAUAUCUCUAAUAUGCUAGAUCUAACAACUGAUGUCUCCUGUCCCCAAGCACAGGCACAGCCCAGUAUUGUUAGUUAUUAAAAUAGGUUAAAGGGUAUAAAAAUUUUUUUUUUCUUUACAAUUUCAUUCACCAAGUUGAACAGCUGUCUGUUAAGCAUUUUUUUUGUCCAGAUGUUGUAAGUUACCAUUCACAUGUGCGGUGAAUAGUGACUAAACUUUAUGAUUUCCAUACUUGUUAGACAAAAACACUUUGCAGUUAAAAUUAUGAAGUUAUUUCAUGCUGAACAUGCUGUUCUUUUGCUAAUAUUUCAGCCUACACCAUAUUGUUAGUAGUUUUUGCCCUAUUGAACAUAACAUACACAAUGUACCAUAGCUUUUCUGACAUCUUGCCCCAGUAACUCAAAUCACACAGAUUGAGGAAAAAUCCGUGAUAGUGUUCUUUUUUUAUUUUAUUUGAUUUUUUUAAAGGGACGGUUAAACAUUUUGAAGUGAAGUUCUAUAAAGUUUAUCUGGAGUUAAAGUCAGUAAAUAACUCUCCUGAUUUAAUGGAAAUCCAGAUUAAUUGAAACUGGAGGUUGAAGCUAGCAACUAGGACCAAAUUGAAAAUGAAAAAACAUAAGAAGUGUCAAAAACUAAAUAGCAGGUUGCGUUAGCUGUUUUCUUCUUGAAACUGUCCUAUUUGUAUUGGAUUGGGGUUUUUUUACAGACCAUUUAGUGAAAUUUUACCUAAAAAAAUUCAGGUUGAAGGCAGUGAGUAACAAUUGUACUUCCUGAAUGAAACACACAGUAACAACAGAAUUGACCACAAUAGUCUGCUUUGGUCUCAGCCCCUCUUGGACUAGCUGUUCGCUUUGCCCUCCAGGACCAACCAAUCUAGAUUGAAACUAAACAAUAAUAAUAAUAACUCCUUAAUUUUUAUUUUUUUUAAAAAUACGUUUAAAUGACAUUAUUUACUUAAGCUGCACUCACAGGGACAAGUGCCUGUGUCUACCUAAGCUAGCACCAUGUGAAGGCUUACAAAUCACUGGCGGAAAAGUGUGUUUUAGGAGCGCUUGUUUGGUGUUGCCAUUAAGGUUGUGCUGAAUAGCUUUGCACUGCACAGGUCUUGAUUAUUAUUUUUUUAAUCAAGAGUAGAUUUGGUCUUGUCUCAGAUUCACUGCUACAUACCUCCUCUUGUUGUACACAGUUUGUAUUCAAAGGGAUUAAGAGCUGUAAAGAUUUACAGCAUCUACCUUAAACUCUCCAAUUCUGCUUUAUACUAAUUGUAAAUCUAUCUUCUGUAUUAAACUGUAUUUUAACAACUAUUAUAAUAUAAGCCAUUCGAGCUGCGAUAAGCCUGAUUAUUUUAUGACCUGUCAUGAUUUGUAUUGUUGUGCCACUGUGUGGCUUGGGAGGGGGGUGGGGGGUAAAUUAUGGUAGAUGUGUGUUUGUUAGCUUGUUAGAUUUGUGGAGUUUUAUCACUAGAAUUAGAUGAAAUCCUCCGUUUUCUCCAUUCUGACAAUCACACAAACGGAAACCUUUAAACUUUCUCUCUCAUACACACUCACUCUCUGUAUGUAAAAAGAAGAGGGUUGUUGUACUUAACAUUUCUGUUCUAUGCAAUGUGUCCCGGUGCUCAAAUGUGUCGCAUCACAAAACGAAAGAAGCCAUGCAGGACUUUAGCGUUAUAUCUCUGUAAGGAGAGAGGCAGGAAGGACUUUUAUUGUGACAUUCUUCCUCUUGUACAGAGAAGACAGGAGGAUGUUCAUUGUUGCAUAUUGUGUUAGCAUGCUUUUUGUUCUUUCCUGCUUUCUUACUUGCUGACUUUCUUUCCCUUUUCUUAUGCUGCCUUUAUCUGAAGUUUAUGGUUAAGACAUUUUCAAUAAAGCUGCUUCAUUAAUC